AUGACCCUCCAACCCACCCCCCGCGCCCUCCUCUUCGACGUCUUCGGCACCUGCGUCAACUGGCGCAACUCCGUAACAGCCGCCCUCCAAACACUCGCCCACGCCUCCCUCAACUCAGCCACUGCAUCCCUAGCCUCGACGUUGCGUCUGCGGGCGUCCUCAAUGACUCCAGCAGAUUGGGCCUUAUUCGCUCAAGAGUGGAGGAACAGUUACAAAGUAUUCACCAAACAGCUUGCAGCCGACACUUCGGUGCCAUGGAUGUCUGUUGAUGAGCACCACUUGCUGUCGCUGAGGGAGCUUUUGCAGAAAUGGGGCUUGGAGGGCUUGUGGAGCGAGGAAGAGGUAAAGGAAUUGAGUUUGGUGUGGCAUAGGCUUGAGGCGUGGGGGGAUGCGGCGGAGGGGGUGGGGUUGUUGAAUACGCGAUUUGAAGAUCUCCGAGAACACAGCAAAAUCCCAUUCACCCAAAUCUUUUCAGCGGAGCUUUUCGGGACAUAUAAACCCUCGCCUGCGGUUUACCUAGGUGCAGUGGAGAAGCUUGGUUUGCAGCCUAAUGAUUGUGUGAUGGUGGCGGCACAUUUGCCAGAUCUCAAGGCAGCAAAGGAGAAUGGGUUGCGGACUGUUUAUGUGGAGCGGGCUGGGGAGGAGGAUUGGAGUGAAGAGCAGAUUGAUGAGGCGAGGGAGGCGGGUUGGGUGGAUAUUUGGGUUGGGGAGGGGGGAAAUAGGGGGUUUAUCACGAUGGCGGAGAGGUUGGGUAUCGAUGUCGAGAGUGGGAAGGGUGAGAGGUUGAGUGCUUCAGUUCCUAGUCAUAUGGGCUGA